GGUGAGGUGAGCAUGAUGUAAUGUCAGAGAAGUGCACCUUACACAUGCAGGGUAUAGCUACAGGUGGGUAGGCAGAUACCAGCACCACAUGAAUUAACAUCAACAUUGACAUCGAACUUGAACAGCCCAAUUUCCCGCAGUCUAUUUUCGAAAUCCAGUCUUCAUCUUCAAGUUAAGUCAAAAUGAUUACAACACAAGUUGAGAUCAAUGCUUCUCCAGAAACCGUGCGGAAAGUAGUCAGUUAUAACAGCCGUAGCACAAAUCAUGAUCAACGCUAACUCCCAGAAUCUCAGCUUUUGGACUUCCCUAUCGUCAGUAAAUGGCAUAAAGGACUCAUCAAGAGCAUUACACCAUUAGACACCAGCGAUCCCCUUGCCAUAGGAAAGAAACUUCAUUGUGAAAUGGAAGACUUUGAAUUUGAUUCCAUCAUUACCGUAAGUAAUUAUAAUCUUUUAUCAUUGCAUAUACAAUAUAUUGCAGCAUUAGAUACUGCCAGCAACACAGUCGAAUUCUAGAUUAAUCUUUCUUUUCGAUAUAGGAAAAUUCCCCAAACAAGUUUGCAUGGCAAGGUCCGCCCGUCAUGAUAGUCUCUGGUCUCCAUUCCUUCCUCAUUGAACCGAGUAAGAGUAACCCUGGCGGAACGACAUUUACACAGACGGAGGUAUAUUCUGGAGGCGUUUCGUUCUUGAUGCAGCCUUGGCUUAUGGGAAAGCCUAUUAAAGGCUGGUUUGAGAAGUAUAAUACGGAUUUGAAGAAAAAGUGUGAAGGUCUUUGAGAUCAAUGGGGAUACCAAGAUUAUAUCAAGAUUAUGGGAACCUAACUGAAUCUAUGUCUAGAUUGUUGGGAUGAGGGAUAUAGCGGGGAGGUAGUCAUGAUACUUUGGUAUGAGUAUCAUGUAGUAUUCAAGUCAAGUGCUUUUGGGAUUUCAACAUGGACUCUCUUGCAUAUUUAAGGGUCACGGCAUAUUUAACGACAGAUUUAGUCUUACAAACGCUCAUUAUACUCAUGCUAUU